UACCCAAAUUACAACUGCCGCAAUUUUUUUUGACCUCCCGCGUUAUUAAAUUUCCCGACCCGCCCGAAUAACAGAUUCCGUAACCCACUAGGGCUCUUUUUCUUCACCUUUUUAUCGUCAACGACUUUCCCCCAAUUCUAUAUCGUCAUCUUCUUAUUCCCAACAAAUCGACCUAUAUUUUUCCUCUCAACAUUCAAAUCAAUCUCCGAUUCGUCUGAUUCGUUCUCUCCUCUAUCUAUUGAUACCUUUUUCGGGUAUUGCAGGCUUGACAAUCGAAUUUCGAUUUUAGGGUUUUAGAUCUUGUCUAUUUCUUCUAGAUCUGUUCGAUUCAUCGCUCUUUUUGUGAAAUUCAACGGUUGUUUUGGUCGAUUUCUCGGUUUUUGUGAAAGAAAAAAUUGGGUUGAUUUUUUUUUUUUUCCUGAUUUAAUUAGUUUGUGGAUUUUGGGAUUUCUUGUUUAAUACGUUUCUGUUCGUCUUUGAUUUCAAUUGUUUGAACGAUUUUUUGGUUGAUUUUUGAUUAAUUGAAUUUGGGGAUCUAGGGUUAGGGUUUUCAUUAAAUUUUGCAAUUUUUUAUUUUUUUUAUCUCUUAAUUUUCUAAAAAAUAAAAUUAUUUUACCUGAAUUUCUGCUGCUGUUAAUUUAGUUGUUCUAAUUUGAAAGAUCCGCUACCCCAAUUUUGACGAAGACCAGCGACCCGUUCAAGUUCGUUGCAGCAAUUAUGGUGCAAAAAAGGCCAUUUGGUGAAGAGGACCUGUAUGAGGUUUCAUCUAAGCAACCAAGAUGUGAACCCAGUUGUCAGUUAGGUUCCGUUUUGGAACAUUCUUCUCUGGAGGCUUAUGCUUCAGGUGGUGAUGAGGAAAACUCUUCAAGAACCAUCCCUGAUGCAAACAAGAAACCUGAUAGUCACAAUGUGGCUGAAGUUCUUUUUUCUUCUGAUAAGGAAACUGAGAUGAGUAUUCAUGGAUCUGCUUCAAACUCUUCCUGGCCCACUAGUAGCACCAGUGAGGAAGACAUCAUGCCUGAGGUGCCUUUUCACAUAUUAACAUCUCCUGAAUAUUACUAUUUUGAUCAUCCGUUCAGGGCUUCUGCUCAUCACAGGGAGAUACAUUCUCCCCUUUUAAGUAAUCCUCAAAAGAUGGUCCCUAUUGGACCUGAUUUUCAGGCAGAGCUACCAGAAUGGGAUGCAUGUAAUAAGGAUAACCCGUGCAUAGAUGGUAUACAUGAAACUCUGAGUCCUUCAUCUCAAGCUGAUGAAAAUAAAUUUGCUGGAAGGACUAUCGUUCUGAUGCCUAAAAUGGAGCUACUUGCAGAUAAUAUUGAGAAUAUUGCAGAGAGAGGAGUUGAAUGUUCCUGUGAAGAUAUAGGUUCCAUAAGAUGUGUUCGGCUACACAACAUUGAAGCAAGGGAAAAACUAAAGCUAGCCCUUGGCGAGGAGACAUUUGUUAGAUUGGGUUUUUGUGACAUGGGAGAGGUUGUGGCUGAAAAAUGGAGUGAAGAGGAAGAGGAAUUAUUUCACGAGGUUGUAUUGUCCAAUCCUGCAUCGCUAGGCAAGAAUUUCUGGAACCAUCUUGCUAUUGAGUUUCCUUCACGGAGUCGGGAGGAGCUUGUCAGCUAUUAUUUUAAUGUCUUUAUUUUGCGAAAACGUGCUGAGCAGAACAGAUUUGAUCCACUGAAUAUAGAUAGUGAUAAUGAUGAGUGGCAUGAGACUGUUGAUGAUGCUGAUGAGGGAGCCAAAAUGACGGAUGAAGAUGAGGAUUCUGUGGUUGAAUCCCCAGCAUAUUAUAAUUAUCUCAGCUAUAAUAUGGGCCAUGAGGAGCACGAUAGACCAGCAUGGGAAUAUUAUAAUUCUGUAAAUUUUGGUAGCAGGAAGGUCUUUACUGAUGUGCAGGAAUCAUGUCUGGGUAAGUUGUUUGACAGUAACAGCAGUUGCAAACUUAGUAUGCAGCCUCAAGACCAAGGACUACCAAAUAAAGUGGUUGAGCAAGAAGUCCAAGGAGGCUCCUGUAUCACUGGUGCAGCUGGGGUUACUUCAGAAUCGUCACUAGGGAAGACCAACAACAAUAAACAUUGGGCAAGUGAUAUUGCUGGUACGGGCAUUGGCACCAACCAUGACAGUCUCUUGGAGCCAUCUAAUCGCAAAGAAUGGGAUGUUGGAUACUUGAGCUGUGCCAGAAACAAAGUUGAUUUGUUACCAACACACACUAUGAUUGAAGAAGUCUUUGGUGAUGGAGCUUGGAUACACAAGAGCCGAGAUGUUUAGGGGUUAAGCUAAAGUUAGACUGUAGUUUCUCGUUCAACUAAAAUAAAAGAAGGGGAUUCUGAUUCUUUUAUUCAGGGGUUAAACUGAGUUUCGACACAUUUAAGUUCAUCCGUUAGACGCUUGGUUUUGUGUGGUGAUGCUUCAUGUGCAGCUUCCAUAUUUCCUUGUACAUUCAUAAUGGUGGGAGUAUUUUUUUUUUGUAAAACCCAGAUGUAAGAAAUGCAUUGCAAGGGUGGUACGUGAGCUGAUGGAUGCUAAACUUUUGGAGCUGUACAGUAGCCAUUAUUUUCUUUUCUUUAACACCAGAUUCCUAGGAAGCUGUUUCGACUGAAAGUAGGUUCUUGAAAUAAUAUUUGUAAAGUUAAGCUAUAUGGUCAAUUGAGCCAUCUUUCAAAAAGGGGGAUGAAUAUCCUUUUGAAUUGUGAUAUAUAUAAGUUUAGUUCUGUGCA